AUGGUGAGUCAAACUGUGGUAAUGAACAGGACCAAAACCUUUCAGAAUAAUGGACGUCAGACGAAUCCAGGCCUGCAGCUCCAGGCCAUGCAGGGAUUCCUCCAUUGCACUGGCAUCACUGUGGGUGAACUGGACAAACUCAACAUCAUCCAUGUCACUGGGACCAAAGGAAAGGGAUCAAUGUGUGCUUUUACUGAAAGAAUAAUCAGGAAUUUUGGAUUUCGCACCGGAUUUUACAGCUCUCCACACUUGGUUCAUGUCAGAGAGAGAAUACGCAUUAAUGGAUGGCCAAUAAGCAAGCAUCUUUUUACCAAGUACUUUUGGGAGGCUUAUGAGCGACUCGAUGAGACAAAGGAUUCUCAUGGAGGCAUCAUGCCCAUCUAUUUCCAGUUCCUGACGCUACUGUCCUUUCACGUCUUCCUGCAGGAGAGGGUAAAGCUGCACACGGCAGAAAUUAAACUAAAUGUUUUCCAUUCAUGCUGCAGUAGUUGAUCAUUGUGAUUGGUCCAUAGGAAGCCAUGGGUGUGUGGGAUCACAUCUCUUGGUUUUGAUCACUGUAGUCUGCUUGGAGACACAAUGGAGAAGAUUGCUUGGCAGAAGGCUGGGAUAUUUAAGCCAGGUGUACCAGCUUUCACUGUCCGACAACAGCUCAGUCCCCUGACAAUCCUGCAGCUCAGAGCUGAAGACAUCGAGUGUCCUCUGUACGUCUCUCCUGAGCUGGAUCAGUAUGAAGCUGCGGUCGGGCCCAUGAGCCUAGGACUGUCAGGGAAUCACCAGCGCUCAAAUGCAUCCCUUGCCCUGCAGCUCAGUUACAGCUGGCUGCAGCGCCACAAAGCCGAGGAAAAAAGAGGUGGUCUCAGCUUAGUUCCUGCAGGCUGCAGACUGAGCUCUCAAGCUGCUGUGUUCCAGCCCAGCACAGCCAUGCUAAAAGGUCUACAGCAAACAGAGUGGUUGGGACGAAACCAGACGCUGAAGUGUGGCUCUGUCACAUAUUACCUGGAUGGAGCACAUACCACAGCCAGUAUGCAGGCCUGUGUCUACUGGUUCAGACAGGAGAUGAUGCAGAGGGACCAGACUCAGUAA